AUGGGUGCAUUUGAUUAUAUCACUAGCUUUUGUUCAUAUACAUACAGUAAUGCGAAAACCAAGCGCAAGCCAUUGCAGACAGUGGAUAUCAAGGUGAAAAUGGACUGUGAUGGUUGUGAAAGAAGAGUUAAAAACGUGGUUCGUCGCAUGAAAGGCGUGAAAUCGGUGGAGGUGAACCGGAAACAGAGCCGAAUAACGGUGAACGGACACGUAGACCCAAACAAGGUGUUGAAGAGAGUGAAGAGCACAGGGAAGAAAGCAGAGUUUUGGCCAUACAUACCUCAGCAUAUGGUCUAUUACCCUUUUGCUCCUGGCAUGUACGACAAACGCGCCCCCGCAGGCCACAUCCGCAAUCCCACACAAGCGUUUCCAGCCGCAAACGCACCUGGAGAAAACUACGUUUCCCUCUUCAGCGACGACAACGUCCACUCCGCUUGUUCCAUCAUGUGA